ACUGCCCCCCUCCCCUCCUGACGUCACACGGCGAGCUGAAGCUAUUGCACGAACAGAGCUGCUCGCAGCCGCACUACUGUGAAUGUCUGUACGCUCAGUACCAAGACCGUGGAGUGUGCAAAGGAGAGAGAGGGAGAGCGGUGGGGUGGGGGGGAUACAGUUGAAUUCGGAUACAACUGGAAAACUACCAAGCGCGCACAGCACGCACCGAGCGGACGGCACAUCGACUGUGCGUAGCCAGCAGUACAUCUACUCCCCGUCCGCUUUCGAUCAGAUUGAGCCGAGAAUGGAGCUCCCUGCCGCUGGAGAGCACGUCUUUGCGGUGGAGGGGAUCGAAAAGAAGCGCAUACGAAAGGGCAAGAUAGAGUACCUGGUCAAGUGGCGAGGCUGGUCUCCCAAAUACAACACAUGGGAGCCAGAGGAAAACAUCCUUGACCCGCGCCUCCUCGUCGCGUUUCAACACAGAGAGAGGCAAGAGCAGCUGAUGGGAUAUCGAAAACGUGGGCCGAAACCAAAACAUCUUUUUCUCCAGGUGCCCUCGUUUGCCCGAAGAUCAAGCAUUCCUGCUGGUUUUGAAGAAACAUCUCAGGAUGCAGAAGGCAACCUGAAGUCUGAUCCCAUUCAGGCACAGCAGCGCUCCCAGCCUCAGCAAUACCAGCUGAACAGCAAGAAGCACCAUCAGUACCAGCCCAGCAGCCAGGAGGUCCCCGGUGACCAGCUGGCCAGCAACAAGAAGAAGUUCAUCUAUCAGCUAAACAGCAAGAAGCACCACCACUAUGAGCCCGACCCAAAUAUGUACGACACGCAGGCCUCUAGGCUCAAAGAGGUGGUUAAAGUUCAGGAGGCAGCGAGUAAACCUGCAAAUCCAGGCUGGAACUUACCUCUGGCCCUGCAGCAGAAGUGGAUCCGUGACAAAGACACAGGCUGCCUGAGCAAAGUCAAGGAGCUGGCCGUGGAAGUGAGGAAACCGGCUGUUAAAGAGGCGGAGAGUGAGCACGCCCUUAAGCCCAAUCCCAAGGAUGCAACCCUGCCGAGUGCUAUUAGCAGCAAAAUGAAGAUAAUCAAGAAUAAAAACAAGAACGGACGUAUUGUUAUUGUCAUGAGCAAAUAUAUGGACAGUAACAAGGUUCACGGUGCAAAGGGUAAACACGGGGAAUCAUCAAGGGAAGACAAACCCCAAAACAUGAAGACGUCAGAAAACAACCCAGCACAUGCAACCAAAUUGGAGGAGCACCUGGAGAACGGUAUCCCCAAAGAGAUUUGUAAUGGAAGUUCCCUCUCUGUAGCGGAGCAUCCUAUAAAGUGUUCCCCAAAGGACAGGCAUUUCUCCAAACCUUCACCAAGCACAGCAGAGGAAUACAACACCGAAGUGGCUUGUGGUCAAGCUGAUUUACCGGACGAUUUACCCUUACAGCUGACCGCUAGCUCUCCUAUGACUUCUUGGGCUGUUGACACCAACAUUCCAACGCCAACAGCUGUCGACCAGAUCCGGAUCCCUUCUUUUCCCGCUGACCGCAAGAGAAAGCUCUCCGAUCCCGUGGAGGAUAGGAGUGUAUCCAAAAUCUACCUGAGUUCGAGGAGCUUCAGCGUGCCCAGCACUGUGGUCACGCCACCUCAGGAUAAACCUAUGGACCUCCACUGCAACGGCCCACGCCAGAGCGGUGUAUGUACGUACGAGGAUUUGGGUAGUCAAGAGGAGCCGAUGGACCUCAGCUGCCCAAAGACUAAGAAGCAAGCUCCAGCAGAAACGCCGCCGGAGCCAGAGCCUGCUGUCAAAGAUGCACCUCCUGUGACAGAGGACACGCAGAUAUCCACAGAGGCAUCUAAAGAAGCGCCUGUUAAAAAAACCUCCCCUUUUAUGGGAAAUAUCAUCAUCACUGACAUCACAACAAACAGUCUCACUGUAACCUUCAAGGAAUACGUUUCUUUCUAAGAAACUAUUGCUAAAACGGGACUAGUGUUUACCAAUUGGACGAUCCUGUUCAUAUGUGCAUAUGUUUAAAAAAAAAAAAGAAGAAGAAAGAAAGAAAAGAAGAAAAACACCAGAAUUUUGUAUAUAUGGAAAUUUAUAAUUUAUCAUGAAAAUUCAAUAUGUUUCUUAUAAUGUUUUAUACUGUAACUCCUCUCUGUGACGUCAUAGCCAAGAAAGUGCCCUCGAGGAUUUGAGCGAAUACAUUCAGGUGGAAAUAUUCACCGAGAAAAGAAAAUAAUUUCUGGUUUAAAAUCUGUUAAUUUGUCAUACGGAGCUUGAUGGGAAACUUUUGCUGUUGUUUCAUACCUGUACCAAACUUAUAACCCGAGAUGUAUGAAGGUUUAUUCGUCUUUUGUAUUAACGGUAUCUCUUAUUUUGGUCCUGAUAGAAGCUAGAGAGGACGUUGUUGAGUAUAUGCUGAUCAAAGAUCAAUUCGAAAGCACUUAAUUACAUUUUCCACACGUUUACUUGUGUCAUUACUACCAGAGAAACAGCUAGUCUCUUUGAUUUUUCUUUGUUUUUUGUGGGGGGGUUUUAAAUCCCAGACAAAUACCCUGACACUGAAAUGGCCUGUUUUGUUUGCAGCUUGGUUUAAGGAUUAUGAUUGCCCAUGAAAUGCAAAUUUGGAAAGCAGGUGCGUCUGAAAACUGUGUAAACACAGUGGCAACAGUGGGACACACUCAGCUGCAACGACGGCUUUUAAGUGACGUUCCCAGCCUUUUCUUUUUACUGGGACGCUGCAAAAGCAGUCAGCAGCCGAUGCAACCUGCACAAUCUGCUAAUAUAUUGCACAUUCUCCCACUUAAGAAUCAUUUUAGGAAAAUAAAUAAAUAACAUGUAGACUUUUAAAGGCCCGUUGCACAUGAAGAAGAUGGUGUCAUUUAUCAAACGUGUCUUCCCGUCAAGAUCACCCCCUCCCUUGAUUAGAUUGGGGUUUAUUACCAUACUGCUGAUAUAUUGCUGGAGUUUAAAACACUGCUAGUCUUGUUAGAAGGCUUAACGUCACACUGCUUUACAACAUUCAUCUCAUUUUUCUUUCAAAGCUCAUCCUAUGAUCUGAGGAGUACAAGUGAGGACUAUUUGUUGUACAAGGAAAAAAAGAAAGCUGCCAGGGUCAUAAAUGAGUAUGCUACAGAGAUUAAAUGUGAGUUACGAGACUGACUUUGUAUACUGUUACAUGCAAUCCGAUGAGUGCGAGCUGUUUCGACUAUGCUGCUGAGAAUUCAAAUGUCAAAGCUGUUGGAUGUACCCUACAUUUGAGUCUAAACGGCUGUCUUAUGCACAUUUAAAGCCAGUGAGAAUGCUAAAAAUGCUAUAAUGUUAAAAAUGAAGAGUGCAUAUUUAUUGACACUGAGCAUGUCGUUCGAGAAGCAUUUCCCAGAUGUCUGCUGCAUCAGAAGUUGCGUGAAUCCACUGAAGAGUUUCACCCUCUCGGAUGAUUUUGAGUCUGUUUGCUACUUCUUCCCGUCCCCUCCUUUCACCUUACUCUGUUCAUUCCUUCUUGCACUCAUUUCAAAAGUCAAAAUGAUUGUUAUAAAGUAUGUUAUACCCGGAGUUGGCUGACUUACAGCUGUUGGCGCAGCUUACUGACUGGUAUGUUUCACAAUAAAGAAAGAGAUUUGACCUCUGA